GGCGGGGCGAAGAGCUGCGAGCGUGGUGCGCCGGCGGAGACCAGCAAGCCGUGGAAUUUGGGGUGUUGGGCGGCUUUCGGAAGAGUCUUCAAGCAGUUACCAUGUCAAGCAACACAGAUGUUUCUCUUUCUUCAUAUGAUGAAGACCAGGGAUCCAAACUUAUCCGAAAGGCUAAAGAAGCACCGUUUGUCCCUAUUGGAAUGGCAGGCUUCGCAGCAAUUGUCGCGUAUGGAUUAUACAAACUGAAGAGCAGGGGAAACACUAAAAUGUCCGUGCACCUGAUCCACAUGCGCGUGGCAGCCCAAGGCUUCGUUGUGGGCGCAAUGACCCUUGGGAUGGGCUAUUCCAUGUAUCGGGAGUUCUGGGCAAAGCCUAAGCCCUAGAAGAGGAGACGCUGCCUUGAACUCUGGAAGCGCUUGCUGCAGUUAGACAUCUCAUGUUGAGGUUACGUAUUUGUGUCAAAAAUAAAUCCUUUGAGUUGGUUCAAACUGUAUUAUAGUAUCUGGAAUAACAUUUCUUCCUCGCAGCCUUGAUAACCACGCUAGUGGUGACUGCUUCACUAACUGUGUCAUUCAGGCUCCAGAAAGGUCACGUCUGUGCACUGGAUAGCGUUUAGUCCACCUUCCCUCGCCCCUCAUGACAGCUCCUCCUGCGCUGGCCAGCCCUGAAGCCCUCUGCUCUGCUGCCGAGUGUCCCACGCCCUGCAUGUUGGGUAGGAGCCCCGUUGACCCCAGUUACUGCAGUUUGUCCUUGUCUGCCUUGUGGACUGGGGUGACGAGUUGGUUUUUAGGACUGGCUGGCUCUGGAAGAACUCUUUCAAAGUACAUGUGAGCUGUAGCUUAGAGCCUCCCACAGCUGACAUGUCCGUGCGUGCGUGCGUGCUCAACCUCGAAUACUAACAUGAGCGCUGCAUUGAAGUCAUGUUUAUUUCAGAAUCACACUUGUAAGCACGAGACUAGCAUAACUAUGAAUUGCAGUUUAGCUCUUUUAUACUUGUAGAAUUAUAUUUUUUGCUGCUGUUGUAUUAGAAUAAUUUUUAAAUGUCAUCUUGAAAUAGAAGUAUUUACCUUAAGUGCUAAGGCACAGAUAAAGAACUACUUUUUAAAUGUGUGCAGUAUGUUUCUCUGUAAGAAUUAUGAAUGUUAAAACACUUUACUCAGAGUGCAAGCAGUGAGUGGUUUAGUGGUGAGCUGGCUGGUCCGGCAUGACGCACAAGCUCUGCUGUACCCCAGAAUGGCUGUGAACGCUCGCAGAACCUCUUACCUAACCUGAACUCACAUUCCGUGGUGACAACAUCGUAUCUGUCAUGUUAUUAAAGUGGGUGAAUACAUCAAA